AUGCUCCCAGACAGCUCUUCUGCACCCUCCCCCACUUCCACAUCUCUCCACUCUGUGGCUUUCUCAUCGUCUCCCCCUUGUUUCACACUUUCAGGUCAAAUUGAGAACACAAUGUUCAUCAAUAAGAUGAAGGAUCAGCUGUUGCCAGAGAAGGGCUGUGGUCUGGCUCCACCUCACUACCCCACCUUGCUGACAGUGCCUGCCUCAGUGUCCUUGCCUUCAGGCAUUAGUAUGGACACGGAAUCCAAAUCAGACCAGCUGACCCCACACAGCCAGGCUUCCGUCACUCAGAAUAUCACAGUGGUCCCUGUGCCAUCUACAGGACUGAUGACUGCUGGAGUCUCCUGUUCUCAGAGGUGGAGAAGAGAAGGGAGUCAAUCAAGGGGUCCAGGUUUGGUAAUCACGUCCCCCUCAGGCUCUCUUGUGACCACAGCCUCAUCAGCUCAGACCUUCCCCAUUUCGGCUCCCAUGAUUGUCUCAGCUCUUCCCCCUGGCUCACAAGCCCUGCAGGUGGUCCCUGACCUCUCUAAGAAGGUAGCAUCAACCCUAACAGAGGAAGGAGGUGGAGGUGGUGGUGGAGGUGGCAGCGUGGCUCCUAAGCCCCCCCGGGGCCGAAAGAAGAAGCGGAUGUUGGAGUCAGGGCUGCCUGAAAUGAAUGACCCCUAUGUCCUCUCCCCUGAGGAUGACGAUGACCAUCAGAAAGACGGCAAGACCUAUAGGUGCCGGAUGUGCUCACUGACAUUCUACUCAAAGUCGGAGAUGCAGAUCCACUCCAAGUCACACACCGAGACCAAGCCCCACAAGUGCCCACAUUGUUCCAAGACAUUCGCCAACAGCUCCUACCUGGCCCAGCACAUCCGUAUACACUCAGGGGCUAAGCCCUACAGUUGUAACUUCUGUGAGAAAUCCUUCCGCCAGCUCUCCCACCUUCAGCAGCACACCCGGAUUCACUCCAAGAUGCACACGGAGACCAUCAAGCCCCACAAGUGCCCGCACUGCUCCAAGACCUUCGCCAACACCUCCUACCUGGCCCAGCACCUCCGUAUCCACUCGGGGGCCAAGCCCUACAACUGUUCCUACUGCCAGAAGGCCUUCCGCCAGCUCUCCCACCUCCAGCAGCACACACGAAUCCACACUGGUGAUAGACCAUACAAAUGUGCACACCCAGGCUGUGAGAAAGCCUUCACCCAGCUCUCCAAUUUACAGUCCCACAGACGACAACACAACAAAGAUAAACCCUUCAAGUGCCACAAUUGUCAUCGGGCGUACACAGACGCAGCCUCACUAGAGGUGCACUUAUCUACGCAUACGGUGAAGCAUGCCAAGGUGUACACCUGCACUAUAUGCAGUCGGGCAUAUACGUCGGAAACGUACCUUAUGAAACACAUGCGCAAACACAACCCUCCUGAUCUCCAACAACAAGUGCAGGCAGCAGCAGCAGCAGCAGCAGUGGCCCAGGCCCAGGCGCAAGCUCAGGCUCAGGCCCAGGCCCAGGCCUCCCAGGCAUCACAGCAGCAGCAGCAGCAGCAACAGCAGCAGCAGCAGCAGCAGCAGCCACCACACUUCCAGUCUCCUGGGGCAGCCCCCCAGGGUGGGGGUGGUGGGGACAGCAACCCCAACCCUCCACCCCAGUGUUCUUUUGACCUGACCCCCUAUAAGACGGCGGAGCAUCAUAAGGACAUCUGCCUCACUGUCACCACCAGCACCAUCCAGGUGGAGCACCUGGCCAGCUCUUAGAGAUCCGUGCUGCCACCCACUGGGAAGAGGAGAAAGAAGUUUUGGUCCCUCCUUUCUCCAACUCUUGGUGGGAAAACUCCUCUUCCUUGAUAAGCCUUGGCCCUAUUUCCUUGGGCUUUAGGCAUGGCUUUCCUUCACAAGAUACCAUCUUUAUUCUCAACUCCUCUUCAAAAGGAACAUCAGCCCUCCUGAUUGGCAAAGGAAUACUGAGCUGAUGGUGUCAUUUAGCAGCCUCCCCUCCCAAGCAAAGCUUUUUACAUUGGGGGUUGGUGCUCAAGGGAAGGAUUUGCUAUGACCUCAUAGAAAUUUGUCCUGUAUGGACACUUACCCUAUCUUUAUCCUCAUCCUCAAAGGUUGCCCUGAUCAAAGACUAGAGGCUGGCCCUCCCAGAUUACAAGGAAAGGGGGCCCUAAAUGCAACUAAGCCUCCUGUUCUAUUCUUGCCUGCAAAAGAACAGAGGUUUCUUAUGUGCCCCAAUCCCUGAGAGCCAUUUUCUUCUACUUGGUCUCAAUUCACUUCCUGCCUAUUGCUGGUAAAAGAUUUGGGUAGGAAUUAGACCUCCUUUUAUUUGUAAGGGGGCAAGGGCUGACAUGUGGUCCCUAAGGGGCCAGAGAUUCCCAAGGUCAGAGUGGCUUAGAAGUGUGGGUUAUGGUUUUCCUUGGAGCCUCUCCCCCCUUCUCUGCCAGCCAAGACCCUGCACACUCAGCCUCCCUAACCCAACCCCCAAGGAGCUAUGAGAGCUUUGCGUUCUCUAUGAAACCCCAAAAUAAGGGGUGUGGCAGAAAAGGGAGAGUUCAGGGCAAACACCAAGACUGGACUUAGCUCUCCAGGUGCCACGGUCAGAUGCCGGACAUGGAUUUAUAUAUAAAUAUAUAUAUAAAUAUAUAUAUACACACCCACUCAUCACGGCCAUCUUUGUUGUAACCAUUUUUGUGUUUAUAAAUGCAUUAUCUCUGAGAAUUUUCAUAUUUGAUGUUUAUUUUAUUUUUGUCUUUUUCUCCACCCUGUCCUCUGGCCACGGCAUUUUUAUUUCUUUUUGCCUUUUUUUUUUUUUUAAAUCAUGGCAGAUUUCAGAGAAAAGGAAAUUUUAAAAAAUCAGGAAACCAGUUGUUAUAUAGCAAUUUUAAAAUGAAGAAAAAAAACUUAUGUACAAACCAAGGGGUGUUUUUAGAACAUUGUAUAGAAAUAAAUUCAUGUAAAAGGA